AUGGAUAAUCCAAUAACUGAGUGCUGCAUCUGCUUUGAGGAGUAUUCAGAACGAAAUAAGCCAUAUAUUCUUUCUUGCGGCCAUGCAUUAUGCGGAUUCUGUCUUGGACAGCUAAAAGGAAAAGAAAAAAAGAACCAAGCUAGAUGUCCUCAGGACAACAAAAUUGCAGACGUCAGCAACUUAUGCCCAGCAUUUGCUAUGAUAUCUCUCAUAGAAGAAAGAAAAAAAAUUUUAUCUGAAAAGGAAAAAAGCAUGUCAGAAAUAAAUCGAUCAAAAGCAGAAUCAGAAAGAAAAAUGGCUGCAGAAAUUGAGACAGCUCGAUGCCAAGGAAAGCUUGAAAUGGCUUUGUGGCUUGAAAAAAGGCAAAAAGAAAUAGAACUUGAACACAAAAAAGAGCUAGAACAAGCUAAAAUGCAAGAAGCCGCCAAAGCUAUGGCAGCUAUAGAUAGUAUUCAAAAACUUGAAGAAGAAAAGAGGAUUGCUGAAAUUGAAGAAAUCAAGAAACAAGAAAUUCAGAAACAAAACGAAAAUAUCAUAAAUUUGGUUGGAAAACAUAUUAAGAAUUUAGAUAAAAAAAGAAUCUUUAAAAAUAAUCGUGAUAAGGGAACAAGAAGUCAAAAUAAAGUUUUGAGAAAUGACAAUAGAAUUUACUGGGCGUGGAAAAAUCAAGAAAACGAAUGAAUUGAAUAUGCAGAAAAUUCAGGAGUUAUCGAAUCUUCGUAUAAUGCUGGGUUUUCUGAUGUCAGAAUUAGAGUGGGAAAUAAAUAUAAAAGAGUUAAUUUUGAAAAUUGGAAAGAAAUUGAUGGAGGAAAUGCGAAUAAAAUUAAAAGGGUAAAUACAAUUAUGGCAGAGCCUGCGUGAAAAAUCAUGAAAAGGCAUAAGGUUUGAGAAACAUUAUGCCAAAAUAAAUCUUUUCUGCUUGAUCAAGCUUGGCUUCUAGGGAAAAAUACCUUGGAUUUAAGUGAUGAAAACGAAGGAUUUAUUCACUUCAAUUUAGUUGAUUUUACUUGCUUGAUUGAUGGCUUAGAGUUUCCAAUAAUGAGAGAUACCGUUAAAAGUUAA